AUUGCCACAACUAAAAAACAAAAAAAAAAACUCAGAAUUGCCCUUGAAGCAUGGUUUGGAGCCGCCCCUGUGUGCCCAAGUAUGGAGAAGAAAUGGGGCUAUAGGGACACGAAAUAGCUAGGAAAGAGUUACGAGUUAUAUUAAAAAUUUGUGUGGCCUUCUGUCUUCGCCCGCCCACCCACCCAUACAAUCUCUUCUUUCCCCCUCCCACCCUUUCCUACUUACUUUUUGCAUGCUCUCUAGAAAUUUUAUUUUUAAGUGUUUUUUAGUGUAUAUAUAUAUAUAAAGCACUUUUCAUAGAGAAUAAGGCGAAAUAAAUUUAUAUAUAUAGCUCUAAUUUGAUUUUGACUUUACAUUUUUUUUUCUUAUUUUAAAAUAAAAAAAUAAAAGAAGUGGAGGUGUGAAGGGAUAGAAUAGAUGUGACGUGGAAGAGGAUAAUAAAUAUACACAAAAGGGCUGGGUGGGUUUCACACGUCAGUGUCACAGGGGCUUAGGCCCCCGGUUCGUGUGCAAAAGGACAAGGAAGAAGUGCCACAUCAUGCAACAUGACGUUUGUUCAUACGGAGCCGUGUCCGCUUUUAAUACACUCUCCGUUAAAAAAAUGGAAAAUUUUAGGCAGACUAUUAAAAAAUAUAAGAAUAAUUUUAUAAUUUAUAUUAUUAUUUUUAUUAUUUUUAAAAGACAAAAAUAUGUUGCUUCUCGUAAAAGUCAUUUUUUAAAACUUAUUCAGAAAGUUUUUAUACAUUCCAUGAAAAAAAAAAAAAGACUUUAAAUGCCCAAAUAAUACCCUAAUUUAAGCGAUUUAUGUGGGGCGUCGCUCAGUUUCGUUUCCAAAAGGGAAAAGAAAAAGAGAAAAUAUGUUGGGCCUAGGCCGACGAACUUAGCCCAAACCCACAUCCACGAAAUGGGCCAGAAGCCCAUUUCAAUUCUUUUAGGAAGCGAGAUUAUGGCAGUUGGCGCUUCCCCACUUUGAUUACGCCACUCCACCAAACUUAACCCAACCCCGACGCGCAUGUAGCAGAGAGGGGCAAAAUCGGAAACACGGGUGUCGUCUUUUAAAAGGGAGGCAUGGAAAGAAGAAAAAGGAGAGAAAAGUGGGAGGGGCUUCAGCCUUGUGUUGAAGGCCACACAUCAUAACAGUCUCUCCUCCUCUGAAGGAAAAUUCUUCCGUCUAAAUUUCCACAUCAAAUACGAGGAAAAAUCGAAGAAUUUUUUUUAUUCAAUUCGCAGAAUCAUCCGAAACGUAAGCUCAGGAUUCAAAUCGGAGAUCAGACGGAGGUGAAGCGAUGUCGUGUUCAUCGUCGUCGGCGUCGGAGGAAGAGGACGAGGGCACCGACUCCUACCGCAAAGGAGGCUACCACGCCGUCCGAGUCGGCGAUCCGUUCUCCGGAGGUCGGUACAUCGCGCAGAGGAAGCUCGGUUGGGGCGAGUUCUCCACCGUCUGGCUUGCUUACGACACGCGAUCCUCUAAAUACGUUGCUCUAAAGAUCCAGAAAAGUGCAGUACAAUUUGCUCAAGCUGCUCUUCAUGAGAUUGAAGUCCUUUCAGCUAUUGCUAAUGGUGACCCCUCAAAUUCCAAGUGUGUUGUGCGACUGAUUGACCAUUUUAAGCACACAGGGCCAAAUGGACAGCAUGUCUGCAUGGUACUUGAAUUUCUUGGUGAUAGUAUACUUCGGCUGAUCAAGUAUAACCGUUAUAAAGGGCUUGAAUUUAAUAAAGUUCGGGAGAUCUGCAAAUGCAUUUUGACAGGUCUGGAUUACAUGCAUAGAGAACUUGGUAUAAUCCACACAGACCUAAAACCUGAAAAUAUCCUUCUCUUUUCCACCAUUGAUCCUGCCAAAGACCCAAUCAGGUCUGGCCUAACCCCAAUUCUUGAAAGGCCUGAAGGAAACCCCACUGGUGGAGUUACUAUAAAUAGUAUUGAGAAAAAGCUGAAAGCAAGGGCAAGGAGAGCAGUGGCUAAAAUAUCAGGAAAAAGAGCUUCAAUGGGGGGAGAGACUCCAAAGGCCGAGAGAUCUCUGGACGGGAUUGAUGUGAGAUGCAAGAUUGUGGAUUUUGGAAAUGCAUGUUGGGCAGACAGACAAUUCACAGGAGAAAUUCAAACAAGGCAGUAUCGAGCUCCUGAAGUUGUGCUCCAGGCUGGGUACUCCACCUCUGUUGAUAUGUGGUCGUUUGCUUGCACUGCCUUUGAGCUUGCUACUGGUGACAUGCUGUUUGCUCCCAAAAAUGGACAAGGUUAUAGCGAGGAUGAGGAUCACCUUGCUCUGAUGAUGGAACUCCUUGGAAAAAUACCUCGGAAGGUAGCCAUUGGGGGAGCUCGAUCAAAAGACCUCUUUGACAGACAUGGGGAUCUGAAAAGAAUCCGAAGGCUGAAAUUCUGGCCACUUGACCGAAUACUGGUUGAUAGAUACAAAUUUUCUGAAUCUGAUGCACGUGAGUUUGCAGACUUUCUGGUUCCCCUUCUCGAUUUUGCACCAGAGAAGCGGCCAACUGCUCAGCAGUGCCUGCAACACCCAUGGCUCAAUCUCACCAAUUUGGCCGCGAAUGAGACCAAGAGCAAAUCUAACAUGGAGAAAUUAGAUGUUGGGAUGAGCAAACUUCAGAUUGAGGUGGGUAAGUGAAGAAGGGAAUGAAUGAAGGCGCCGGCACUCACUGCCCCGGAACCCGGACCUUUGCUAAGCCCCUCCCUCCACCUGCGUGAGUAUGUUUGUGAUUUAUUUUGGGUUUGUUAAGAUUUCAAUAAGAAUCAAUUUUUUUAUUAACUAAGAUGUAAAUUAGUGAAUGAUUAUUGUGAGGAAAUGACAUGAGGGAGACAAACUUGACUACCUUGUCUAACGAACUUAUUUAUUGUCACCACAACAGUAAUAUUAUUAAUUCAUGUUAAUAUUCGAAGUUUUUUCCAA